AUGAAUCUGCCUAGAGGCCUCGUCUUGCCCCAUCUGGCGGGCUUGAUGCCGGCUAAUGCUACCAAGAACAGAACACAAUCCAUUCUACCAUAUGAUCACAGUCGCGUCGUGCUUCUGCCAGACAAGAUGGCACAUGCAUCCUCUGGUCUGAUAUCUCCAAGAAAACAUGGCAACGACUACAUUAACGCGAGUUUUGUGGAUGGCUAUCUUCGUCGGCGUGCCUAUAUCGCAGCUCAGAGUCCUUUCGAUUUGCAAACGACAAUUGACUUCUGGCUGAUGGUUUUUCAAAGAAACGUUGCUCAGGUGGUGAUGCUAACAGACCUUGUAGAGCAAAAUGUGGUCAAAUGUUCCCAAUACUGGCCUAACACAUUAUCUCAUUAUGGAGACGCUAUACUUUUUUUUCAACUGAUGGCUGACUAUCACUAA